GCGCGUGUUGAACACAUUGUGCUCGAGGGGCAUAGAAUUGUCGCGACGAGCGCGACCUUCUUGGCCACGAGUCCGUCCUCGGACUUUACGCUUGUGAAACUCAACGUCAAGGACGGUGUCGAUUUGGCCAAGUACGGCUACCUCCAAGUGCGCCUCGACGGCCCCAAGCUCAACGAGACGAUCCACAUUCUUGGGCACGCGGCCGCAUGGCCCAAGCGCUUUGCCGUCACGACGCUCGGUGGCCCCGGCACUGUGACGAGCACGAGCUUCCAGUCGCUCUGUCAAGCCGACGAGUUUGCAUACCGCCUUGAUACGCAGGGCGGCAACUCGGGCUCGCCAGUGGUUUCGACCGACGAGAAUGUCGUCGUUGGUAUUCACAACUGCGGUGGCUGCCCCGACGGCGACAACGCCGGCAUCAAGAUCAACAACGUGUUUGACAUUCUCAAGGCGCAGAACAUC